GGCAGAUUGCUUCAAUGCAUCCCACAAGGAAGAUUGAAUUUUGGUAGAGAGCGGCUGAAUAUUCGAGGGAGUCCUGUACUGCCAGGGGCUAACUACGUAUUGAGUUUUGAGCCUUUUCCUUAAUCUCCCCCCUGAACCCGGGCGACCUGCUACGCGAUUACGAAAGGCGCGGGGGGAGGUCGCCAGGGCAUUAUCAGCUUUCGGCGAAGGCCGCGCAUGUUGGAAAGCCGACCUCCCCCAUUUAAGAAAGAGAUGAUAUAAGUCCGCACGAUAGCCCUCCCUUACUAAGAAGACAGGAUGUUUAUGUUUGCCUCUCAAACCCAACUUGCCAACCAGUAUCUUUUUGUCUCAAUUUUCUGGAUAAUAUAUCUCUCCAGUCCUCGUUCGCCAUGGAGAAGAAAUCUGCGUAUAACCUUUUAGUGGUCCUUGCGGCCUGCAUUGGUAGCUUUACCUAUGGCUACGUCAUCUCCAUCCUCGCUACGACGCUGGGAAAGCCCGACUUCUUCACGUACAUUGGCCUGGACACUACCGGGCCAGGGAAAGGCUACGCCAAUUCCGUCAUCGCCGCGUGGAAUUGCCUUCUCUAUGUCGGAGCUGUCAUCGGCGGCGUCCUAUACUCGUUCAUAUCGAAUAAAUGGGGCAGGAAGCCUCCGCUUUUUUUCGGCUGCGUGUGUGUGUUCGUCGGUGGCGCACUGCAGGCAGGUUGUGUGGAUGUUGCCAUGCUUGCCGUUGCCCGGGUGGUCAUUGGCGUCGGCAUUGGAGUACUUCUGCCAGGCAUUCCACUCUAUCAGGCCGAAGUAGCACCGCCACACGAGAGAGGGCUCAUGGUAGGAUUGCAUGGUUCGGCGCUUGGAUUCGGCAAUAUGAUGGCCCAGUGGCUGGGCUGCGCUUUCUUCAAGACCGGCGGUCAGGUGUCCUGGAGAGUCCCGUUGGCCAUCCAGACUGUCUUCCCCUUCGCACUGUUUUGCAUAUUGUUCUACAUGCCGGAAAGCCCGAGGUGGUUGUAUGCGCACGGAAGACCGGAAGAGGCCAAAGAGGUCAUGGUGAAACUCCACCGUGACAAGGAGGACUCGACCAACUCGUUUGCACUACAAGAAUUCAAAAUCAUGACGGCUCAGAUCGACAUGGAACUGGAGAAUAGAAUCGGCACAUGGCAAGCCCUGAAAAUCCCUUCCAUGAGAAAACGAUUCCUUCUGGGGUUCGUGGCAAUGAUGGGCACUCAGUGCAGUGGAUUGGUGGUCCUCUUGACAUAUUCUCCGGUGAUAUACGCCGGCCUCGGCUUCAGCCCAUUCAUGUCCAACGUCAUGACGGGCAUUUGGACGACCUUCAAUGGAAUUGGCAAUUUUGUCGGAGCGCUCGUUGUCGACAGGUUUGGUCGCAGGCGGUUGAUGAUGAUGGGGUACACGGCAGUGACCAUUGGUCUGAUUGGCGCGACUGUUCUGACGAAGCUCUACGCCGGCACUGAUUCCGCCGGAAAUAAGGCUGCUUGCUUCUUCAUCUUUUGGAUCAUCGCCGUUUACACCAUCGGCAUCGAGGCUCCUUCUUUUGUCUACACGUCUGAGAUAUUCCCUGCCGAAGUCAGAGCACAAGGUGUCGCGUUCUCGAUGCAAGGCCUCUUCCUGAGCUCCAUCCUCUGGACCGCCGUCGCUUCACCCGCACUCGCCAACAUCAAGUGGGGUUUCUAUAUCGUAUUCAUCGGCACCAGCGUUGCCAUGCUUUUGGCCGUCUUCUUUUUCUUCCCGGAGACCAAAGGCUAUACCUUGGAGCAGUUGGGCGCCAUUUUUGGUGAUGAGGUGGUGGACGACCAAGGUCACCGCUUGGACCAACGCUCUUCGGAGACGAAGGAGAAAGAUACAAAGACUUCGAUCGCAGAAGGCGUAUAAGAUGAGUUUGGUUAUGUCCAUUUAAUUAGUAUGAAUAUCUGCAGACAUAUGUAGAUAAGAUAUAAUUG